AUAUUUCUCCGCCAUAUGUUCUCUACGAUACUAAUAAAAGUGAUUACGAAGUAUAUAAAUAUAUCUACCGACAGUCCUCUUUUCACACAGAGAAAAAGGAAAAGAAAAACAGAUUGCAAGAUAAUGGAGAAGAAGAAAAUGAAUGCAGUGGCAGCCAUGGCUAUGGUGCUUAUCAUCCUUUUAUCGGCCAACAUGGACACCAUCAGCGUCGCUGCUCAAGGCCUCAAUUGCUAUGAUAAUUGUAACACAGGCUGCGCCGGUCUCCCAUCGGCGGAGUACCUGAUUUGUGAUAAGAAGUGCCACGAAAUGUGCGGAGAUGGAAAUUCUCUUUUUCUUUUAUAUUUUUUUUUCAGUUUAUUUUUAAAAAGAGAAGUCUGGUUGAAAGUGCAAAAAAGUACUAGCUAGUUAUCGAGGCAUUAUAGUAGAGAGUUCCUCGAGGCAUUACAGUAGAGAGUUCCACAAUAAUAAUUGCCUCUUCCAUAGUAAUUUCUUCAUAGUUUGAAAAAAUAAACGUUACUUGUACGUGCAUGUUUAAUUACAACUAUGAAUAUGUACUGUAAUAGAUGCAUUGUCUGAUGUUGAAACUAUGUAAUAAUUGAAAUUAUAAUUGCCCAUUUAAUUUGCUA